ACCCCGCAUUCACUAUAUCCGCUCUCCCCGGACCCUGCAUUCACUAUAUCCGCUCUCCCCGGACCCCGCAUUCACUAUAUCCGCUCUCCCCGGACCCCGCAUUCACUAUAUCCGCUCUCCCCGGACCCUGCAUUCACUAUAUCUCCGCUCUCCCCGGACCCCGCAUUCACUAUAUCCGCUCUCCCCGGACCCUGCAUUCACUAUAUCCACUCUCCCCGGACCCCGCAUUCACUAUAUCCCGCUCUCCCCGGACCCUGCAUUCACUAUAUCCGCUCUCCCCGGACCCUGCAUUCACUAUAUCCGCUCUCCCCGGACCCUGCAUUCACUAUAUCCGCUCUCCACGGACCCUGCAUUCACUAUAUCCGCUCUCCCCGGACCCCGCAUUCACUAUAUCCGCUCUCCCCGGACCCCGCAUUAACUAUAUCUGCUCUCCCCGGACCCCGCAUUCACUAUAUCCGCUCUCCUCGGACCCUGCAUUCACUAUAUCCGCUCUCCCCGGACCCUGCAGUCACUAUAUCCGCUCUCCACGGACCCCGCAUUCACUAUAUCCGCUCUCCUCGGACCCCGCAUUCACUAUAUAAGCUCUCCUCGGACCCUGCAUUCACU